UCAGAUAAGUUUGAGUAUUUAAGAGCUGGUGUUCCUCCUGCUCUGCACCACAGGACGGCUGGACUUCAGGAUCCUCAUCAUGAAGACGCUCGCUGUGUUCGCUCUGGUUUGUGCCAUGAUGGCCUUGGUUAGAGCUGCUGUGUUAAACUUGUUGGCCGUUUCAGAGGCAGCAGCUGAAAAAGACCAAGCAGAGACUAAGAGUCAUGUGGUGAAGCGCUCUGUUUACUGCCCCGGUGGAUGGACCUCGAUCAACGGACGCUGUUUCUACUUCAACCCCACACCCAUGAGAUGGGCUAGAGCUGAGAGAAACUGCUACUCCAUGGGGGGACACCUGGCGUCCGUAAGCAACACGAUGGAGUUACUUGAGAUUGAGAAGAUGACCAUGACCGCAACUCAUCGGAUGAAGCUAGCGUGGGUCGGAGGCUCUGAACUACAUACGGUGAACGUCUGGACCUGGUCUGAUGGGACUCCUUUCAGCUACACAGACUGGUGUGAUGGAGAGCCCAAUCAGAGAGGCGUGCAGAGAUGCAUACAGAUAAAUUUCUCAGCGGAGAAGUGCUGGGAUAACAUGCAUUGUAGCUUGAAGUUGCCGUCCGUCUGUGUCAAGAGAUCCUGAAGGAGUCUGACCCUCACAGAGGCAUACAGUCCACCUUAAACCUUCUGUGUUUGUGUGCAUGCUUUUAAAUACAUCUGUCUUCACGCCAUCAGUGUCACUUAUGUUCUGAUGGUUCUGAUUUAAUAAUCUUUCCUAUCGCUGUAACGCUGAGGAAUGAAGCGACAAGUGAAUUAAACUGUGGCUGCCUCUCAUGAGAGCAGACUGAAGGAGUUUGGAAGGAGAAAAUGCUUUUAGCACAACCUUAUAUAUUUAAAAGAGAAUCUUUUUUUUUCAUCUGUGCAAGAAUAAAACGCUCAAGCUUUCUAACAAGCUGCUCUGUCAUUAAUGUAUUUAUAUGAAUUAAUAAAAGAGGAAACACUUUUUUGUCA